UUUGAUUUUCUGUCUCAAAUAAUAAUGCAUGAUAGGAGCCCAUGAGCAAGCAAUUGAAGACAAGUUGUACUACUCUCAAUGAAAUAGCACUUUUACUUGAGCAACAGAAAUGAGUUCCUCAAGAUUGCUUUUCUUCAUGCUAAUUCCUAUUAUCUUGGACCUUGUUGCUGCUGCCACAGCGCAAAUUGAUGACGGUGUAUGUACUUUCACAGCUGAUUUCUGCUGGAGAUGUUCCAGCAUUGGCACCUACACUGAUGACAGCAUCUACCAAGAAAACCUAAACAACCUCCUGUCCAACUUCUCUUCCAACACCCAAAUCAAUUACGGGUUUUACAAUUCUUCCACGGGACAGGACCCCAACAAGGUUAAUGCAAUUGCAUUGUGUAGAGGAGAUAUCACACUGGACAUGUGCCAUACUUGUGUCAAGGAGGCCAGUCAACUUCUCUUCCAGAAUUGCUCACAUCAAAAGGAAGCGAUCCUAUGGGCUCAGCCUUGUAUGGUACGGUACUCGAGCAAGUUAAUAUUUGAUAUUCAGGAAGAUGAACCUAUCAAGUAUGUCCCUAGCCCUACCGAUGCAGCGAACAUAGAACAGUUUACACCACUGCUAAAUUCCUUGUUGGAUACCUUAAGUGAGAAAGCGGCAUCAGGGGACUCUCUCAAAAAAUAUGCAGCAGGACAUACAACUCUCCAAGUUGUUCCAAAAUAUCAAGCAAUAUAUGGACUUGUUCAGUGCACUCCAGAUAUGGACAAGAACAAUUGCAGCAAUUGCCUUCAAGAUGCUAUCUCAAAAAUUCCAACAUGUUGUGGUGGAAAGCAAGGAGGAAGAGUUCUUAAACCCAGCUGCAGUGUAAGGUUUGAGGCCACUCUUUUCUACGAGUCUACAGCCGAUUCGGAAGUGAGUCUUCCACCAAUAAAAGGAAAGAAGGGGAACGCGUCAAAAACUACCAUGAUCAUCAUCAUUGUGGCCGUGAUUGCUUUUAUCCUCACACUUCUCGUCAGCAUAUGCAUUUUUUUCAGAGCAAAGAAGCGAAAUCUUGAAAAUGAUAAUUCCGGUGAAAUUAGUUUGGCAGAUUCAUUGCAAUAUGACUUUGAAACUAUUAGAGAUGCAACAGAUGACUUCUCUGAUGAAAAUAAGCUUGGACAAGGUGGAUUUGGAGCUGUUUAUAAGGGUCGUCUAGCUAAUGGACAGGAUAUAGCUGUCAAAAGGCUCUCUAAGAAUUCUGAACAGGGUGACCAAGAGUUCAAAAAUGAGGUCACAUUAGUUGCUCAACUUCAACAUCGGAAUUUAGUAAGGCUCCGAGGAUUUUGCUUGAAAAUGAAGGAAAGGAUCCUAAUUUACGAAUACGUGCCUAACACGAGUCUUGAUCACUUCAUCUUUGAUCCAAUCAAUCACGGGCAUUUGGAUUGGGACACACGUUACAAAAUCAUAGGAGGCAUUGCUCGAGGGAUUCUCUACCUCCAUGAAGAUUCUCGACUUCGAAUCAUCCAUCGUGACCUUAAACCCAGCAAUAUUUUAUUAGAUGGGGAUAUGAAUCCUAAAAUUGCAGAUUUUGGCAUGGCAAGAUUAUUUCUGAUGGAUCAAACUCAAGGACACACAAACAGAGUCGUAGGGACCUAUGGAUACAUGGCUCCAGAGUAUGCCAUCCAUGGGCGUUUCUCUGUCAAAUCGGAUGUCUUCAGUUUUGGUGUGUUAGUUCUUGAGAUUGUGAGUGGCAAGAAAGUGAGCACUUUUCGGAAUGGUGAGAAUGAAGAGGACCUUCUCAGCUAUGCAUGGCGAAGUUGGAAAGAGGACACAGUUCAUAAUAUCAUAGAUCCAAUGUUGACAAAGAGUUCAAGGAUUGAAACAAUGAGAUGUAUUCACAUUGGCUUACUUUGCGUCCAAGAAAAUCUGAAUAGUAGACCAACUAUGUCUUCAGUUGUUUCCAUGCUUAAUAGCGAUUCUGUUACACUCUCACUACCAUUGCGACCUGGAUAUUUUUUGCAAUAUAAUGAUGAAUCAGACAUCACCGAACUGACAGAGUCAAGAAAUGAGGCUUCAAUUACGAAUCCAUAUCCUCGCUAGUGAUGACUGAUGAGUAUGUAUGUGCCAUAUUCCCACAUAUUUUGACCUUGGAUUAUUUUUAGCACACCUUUUUCUUGCUGGCUAUUCUUAGCGGAAGUUAGCUUUGGUGUCUUCUUGUUUGGUUUUGCUGAAUUGUAUGGAAAUCCUUGGUAGAAUAGCUUCCCAAGUAAGCAUGCUCUGGCU